AUGGUCCACAGGGCUCUCACCUGGCUUUUACUGCUCCUUGCUUUGCUAUUCACUAUCGAUCUGGUGGUAAGCCACACUAGAAAUAUCUAUACUUUAGAUGGAAGUCGAUUGGGAUUAAGCAGAAGUAUCAAAAUAUUAGAUGGAAAUAGUAACAGCAGCUUUACUCCUUUGAGUCGAUCGAAACGUUUGGCCAUCUACAAUGGCCAGGGAGUUGUCAAGUGGGUCACGGGCUUGGCGUAUCCCGUGAAACAGGCCGACAAGGAUCAAUCCUUUUGGUUGUUCUUCAACUUACAGGGCCAGUUCAUACCCACCACCGUUCCCCUCUACUGGUGGAGCUUCUGGAACACCACUGCCUUUGUGUCCACAGCUCGUGAGUGGCGCAAGGACAUGCAGGCGAAGAUUUUGCACGACGAGGCCCGAUCCUGGGUGUACAAUGCCAUCGAAAUAGGCAUGGAGCAAUUGGACGGAGCAUAUGGAGGAGUCUGCCUGCUAAGAAGCAUAUGCGAAAUCUCUCAGAAACCCUUUCAGAACAGCAAUAUCUUCAGCGAGAUUGUUAAUGCAGUGUUGGUACCGAGCCUGGACAAUGUGGGCGAUAAGUAUUUGCACGCCCGGGAUGCCGGACGUGGAGGAGCAGAUUGCGAGCGGACCUACAGCGAGUGCAAUCCGCUGCUCUGGACCCUCGUCAAAAACAUGGCCAAGAAUCCGUUUUAA